GGACAAAGUCGAAUCGAUAAAUAGGAUGAUAGGGUUCUUUCAUUGAAAGAGCUCCUCGUGUUUUCUGGGAGAGUCGUAGAUGUAGCCUAGCCUGUCCAUCAUGGUACAUGACUUGUACAUGAUCUGAUGAUUGUAGUCUUGUAGAAGUUUUGCUUCCUCCUAUGGCCUACAUGCCGGAGCGCGUGGCCGUGACCUGAUUUUUGCAAAGUGUAGUCUUGCAGGCAAAGAAUUUAGUUACUGGGAACUACAUGUAUUAGAAUGAUGUACAUGUGCAUGUGCGCACUGCCACUGCCACUGGUCACCAGGCUACGUGCAGCACUGCUAGCGGUUGUGGACUUCGUAUGAUGACGUGACUGCACCCUCAUCCUUGGCUAAAGUCGUAAAGUAACAGUUACACAUUAGUUAGUUGCACUUGGACAGAGUGGCGCCUAGACCUGACCAGUGAAAAGUCGGCGGACUCUGUUGAAAGUCAUGGCGUGUGUAGUAUUUGCCUAUUGGCAUCAAGUCCACAAGAUGAAAUCUGACUGAACAGAGUAGUAGUAUGGUGCAGUGCUGCAACUGACUCAUCCAGUCAUAAAGUCAUCCAGUCAUACAGUCAUCCAGUCAUAGUCCGCAUUGCCACACAGCACUAGUACUAGUAGUAGUCACAGAAACUGAGACUGUGAGAGAGGAGUACCUGGAGUACUGCCAGAGCCAGCACGCUGCAGUACAGGCUAAGGAGGUGGCAGCAUUUGGUGCACUUCACUGACUGUGUACCUUGUUCUGGUAGUAUGGAGCAGGUGAAACAUGGACUACCCAACCGCUCACACGUCAUCACCGUACAGCAGAAAGGCAAAUCAUCAGGUAUCACUCCAUCUCACUUGACUGUGGGUGGUCAGCAUCUGCUGCAGAGUGCACUGGCAACGCACUACAGACGCGUUGCAUCUGCUAAAUGUGUGGUCGACUGUGGUCUUCCGGCUGGACAUCUUAUGUCCGUACGAGUUCAAGAACGCCUCAUGAAACAGCUGAGAGAAGAGGAAACAAAGUCAUUGCAGUACGAUCAUGGACACUCAAGACAAUCACAACGGACGCAGCGGACAGGCACCUCAACCAUUCAUCCAGCCGGUGCACAGGAGCACCCACGUGUUGAUGGGAAGCAGAAAAGUCAUAGCCAGCAUCGUCGUAGUCAUGAGGUUACCCGAACCCAUGCCCUGGCUACAUGCGAAGCAAUAACUACGCACUCCAAACACUCCAGCAAAGAGCUUCCAGGCAGUGGAAUGACCCAUGCCUCCACAUCAAGGUUUGACUCAGCUGGUCAGCGAAAACCAGCCACUUCCACAGCGAAGAAGUCUGUUAGCAAGUCUACACCAGCACAACCCAACGGUAGCAGGUUUCACGGCCAGGCUUGGAAGUCUGUAGGAGGCACAUCAACGUUCUCUGACGUAACCGGGGCUAUCCGACCCGCUAGCCAUGUGCCUGUUCCCGCGCCAUAUCGCCAAGACAACCAGCUCAAGGUGGACAAGACGCGGACGGUAGCUGGGAGAGUGCAAUCUCGCCAAGCACAAUUGCCAUCCAGAUCUAGUCCAUUGUCGAAUCCUCCGGUGAAGCAGUCACCAACUGGGGGAAAGCAGCAGGGCAUAUCUCAGUCACAGAGCCGGCACGCGUCACAACCUGGUGCAUGUGAAGGCGGUGAAGAUCAUGAUGGUAAUGCUAGCACAGGGGAGCAUGACAGCGGUAGUUGUAGUGAUGAUGAUCAUGAUGACAGUGGUGAUGUCGAGUCUCUGACUUCAACUAGAAGUGCAGCCAGAGCGAAGCUGUCGGCACAUACAGAUGACCGUGACAGUACUGCUACGGAAGAUAGCAUGGAUGAGUCAAGCGGUGAUAGCACUGAAGAGGACAAGGAUAGCGAUGGAUGUGCCGAAGAUGAGCUCCAUGCCAGUAGUGCGGGUAAACAUGGUGGUGGGCAUGAUAGUGGUCAAGUUGCUGAACCAAAUGACGAGCAUCCACCUGCUGGAAAUAUCGAGGAGGCCGAUGCUGAUGCACCAUCAGUGAUGCUAUCUACCCAAAUGCAGGAAAGUUGCACAAAGCCGAACCGCCGAAUGAAAGAUGCGGCAUCCAGCGCUGGUGCAGGUUGUGAAGAGGAUUUACCUAUAAAAUCAAACCAACCUAGUAUCAAAGAGACAGACAAUGAUGCAGCGUCAGCUCAGUCCUUAAAUCAGCCGGCAAGUACGGAUGCUUCCAAUGUGCAUUCCAAGCGCAAAGUGGAGAGUGCUGAUAGCAUCCUCUUGGGCUACAGACAGCAAACAAGCAGCAGCAGUCAUACCACAAGACAUCACAAUGAUAGUAGCCACUUUCCAAUCCCGCAGAAUCUUGACCCGCUUUGGCAGCCGGGCAGAGAGUUUGGCAGAUCAUACCAGCAGAGAGAUGCACUAACCGGCCAUCGGGAACAUGCUGCUACGAGAUCAAGCAUGGCGAACCUUGAACCCAGGCAUAUCCAAGGCUCAUCGGAUGCCAGUCAGUCUAAAGAGAAUGUACUUUUGGCAUUCAUCAGUACGAUCACGCAGGAGAUUGUACAGAGAGGCACAACCACACAGACGGUGAUUGAGCAAAUAUGCCGGCGCCACAUGGACAACAACCCAUACAACCUACCGCAGGAGGAUAUGUCAGUGGAGAUUGACAAACUACUCGCGUCUCUGACAUCAUGAUAGGAAGAUAAAUUACAAAAUCUACUCAGAAGGUCUGAGUGAGGCCCCAAACCACAAUGGCAUGAUGAUGGCAUUCUGCUGAACGCAGCAUUAGCAUCAUCGGAGUUGAUCAGCAUGCAUGUGGCUCAAUAACACUGUUGCUAUGCAGCUCACGAUGAAGUGUUCCAGUAGUUAGGUCUCACGGAAGAGUUUCUAACAGUCUGAGAUUGAUCUAAACUGUGAUAUUUGUUGUGAUCUGAUCAUGUUCUUGCAUGGCUUCCAAUGGAAAAUAAAUGAAUGGUAAAAAGCUACUGUAAUAUAUGGCUGGCGUCACCAGAUGGCUGGCUCAUUUGAUAGCAUUUGUAACAAUACUUUAUUCGCUGGUCAUGGACUAGGCACAGCCUAUGCUUGUGUCGUCAUGUUGUGGGCCGAUCCUUCCAUAAGGAGUUGAGAGCACUGUUACCCCUGAACUUGUACUUGUAGUUACGAACUAAACCCAACAAAAUUUCCUAUGAUGAAUGAAGAAUACGAAACCAA